CAAUAUUUAUUUUGAAAUAUGGAAAUUAGGAAUGGAGGUGGGUCAGACAGGGAUUUAAGCGAUUCUUGGAGGUUUAUAUCAGAUGGUGAGCAACUUGGUGAUCCUAAUAUGCAGAGUGAUAGUCAGUUGUCGCUUAUAUGGAAUGAUAUGGGUUUAGGAAUUGUUUCUGGGCAUAGUAUGAAGAGACUUAGAAAGAUUGCAAGAGAUGUCUGAUAUGCUGAUAAGUAUCUUAGGAUAUAUGUAUUGAAUGAUAUGAAGAGGCGUCCGAUCCGUCAAGCACAGAUCUAUAAGUCCUUGCUCAGAUCAAAGAAGCAGCUGGCAAAGGUUGUCUCAAAAAUUGAAAAAAAGAAAGAAAAGAUCCUCUCUUCAAAGUUUAAGCAGUUGAGAGAAUCCAUAGACACUCUACUGAAAGAGCAUUUAGCGUCCAGAGAUCCUGAUUGUGAAGAUGGGUAUAAAACAGAAGAAAGUGAUCCACUACAAGGCUCAGAGUGUCAGAAGAUGCCAAGCCCAUAUACGGAAGAUUAUCCAGAUGAAGGCACACUCCAACAUGAAUCUGACACUUUAGAUCGAAAGUUUUGGGCUAUUGCUAAUUCCAACAUUUAUAUUUUUGGUGGCUUCCUCAGAAGAUCAAUUGACUACAGCCCAGACUGUAGCAUUUCCUUCCAGUUAGAUAAUAAUAUAGACAGGAAUAUUUUAAGAAAACUAAAAUUUGUGGAUGCUCCUAGCAUAAAUAAAGCUUCUUUACGAAACUUACAUUCAAAUGGUAUUUGUAAACAUGCUCUUAAAGCUUUGUCUAAGAGCAGGUAUCAAAGUGUAGCCCUAAAAGCUCCUUAUGAAGGCAAACGUCUCGGUUACCUGCCUGAGGUAAUUAAGAUAUGCUCUAUGACGACAUGAUCUAUUGAUCUGGAAUAUUUUGUAAUAAGCAAAACCCAGCUGAGACGAGUAUUUAUUAAUUGUAAACAGGUGCUUCAGCUAAAUCUGAGCUGAUGCUCACUGUCUUUACCUCCUGUAUCAGAAUUCCCUCGGCUGUUGAAAAGAACUGCUAUCCAGAAGCUUAACUUAACGCUAUGAGCCAAAUAUAGUGGCUGGGAGACCCAUCCAAAAUACUUAGUUUACCUUGUAGAAGGAUUUUCUAAAUCAGACCUGAAGAGCACCUUAAAAGCAGUUGAGUUUGCUUAUGACGAAGCUAUAUUUGAAGAAAAGCUAGCAUAUAAAGCAUUUGAAAAGUAUAGGCUUGGUCAUGUCAGGAUUCUUGGUGAUAAUGAGACCUAAAAAUCUAUUUCAAUCAA